GUCAACCCAGCCCACAUGGGAAAGGCCUUCAAGGUUAUGAAUGAGCUUCGGAGUAAGCAGCUGUUGUGUGACGUGAUGAUUGUGGCAGAAGAUGUGGAAAUAGAAGCCCACCGUGUGGUCCUGGCAGCCUGCAGUCCCUACUUCUGUGCGAUGUUCACAGGUGACAUGUCUGAGAGUAAAGCCAAGAAGAUUGAAAUCAAGGAUGUGGAUGGGCAUACGCUUAGGAAGCUGAUUGAUUACAUCUAUACUGCAGAAAUUGAGGUGACCGAAGAGAAUGUGCAGGUGCUGCUCCCAGCAGCCAGCUUGCUGCAGCUCAUGGAUGUUCGGCAGAACUGCUGUGACUUCCUGCAGUCUCAGUUGCAUCCCACCAAUUGCCUGGGCAUCCGUGCAUUUGCAGAUGUGCACACCUGCACCGACCUUCUGCAGCAGGCCAAUGCCUAUGCAGAGCAGCACUUUCCAGAGGUGAUGCUGGGGGAAGAAUUUCUUAGCCUAAGUCUGGACCAGGUGUGCAGCUUGAUAUCCAGUGACAAGCUGACCGUUUCUUCAGAAGAGAAGGUGUUUGAAGCUGUGAUUUCCUGGAUCAAUUAUGAGAAAGAGACCCGUUUAGAGCAUAUGGCAAAACUGAUGGAACACGUCCGACUCCCUCUCUUGCCCAGGGAUUAUCUAGUGCAGACAGUUGAAGAAGAGGCUUUGAUAAAGAAUAACAACACCUGUAAGGACUUCCUCAUCGAGGCCAUGAAAUACCAUCUGCUCCCCCUGGAUCAGAGACUCUUGAUUAAGAACCCUAGAACCAAGCCCAGGACUCCAGUAAGCCUGCCUAAGGUCAUGAUUGUGGUUGGUGGCCAAGCACCCAAGGCAAUCCGCAGCGUGGAGUGCUAUGAUUUUGAGGAGGACCGGUGGGAUCAGAUUGCAGAGCUUCCAUCCAGGAGAUGCAGAGCCGGUGUGGUGUUCAUGGCCGGCCACGUGUAUGCUGUGGGUGGGUUUAAUGGCUCCCUGCGGGUGCGGACUGUGGACGUGUAUGACGGUGUGAAGGACCAGUGGACGUCCAUUGCCAGCAUGCAGGAGCGCCGGAGCACACUGGGUGCGGCCGUGCUCAAUGACUUGCUGUACGCGGUGGGAGGCUUCGAUGGCAGUACUGGGAAGCUUUAUGCCGUUGGGGGUUAUGAUGGGGCCUCCCGCCAGUGUCUGAGCACCGUGGAGCAGUACAACCCAGCGACCAACGAGUGGACAUAUGUGGCUGACAUGAGCACCCGCCGCAGUGGUGCAGGGGUUGGGGUGCUCAGCGGACAGCUGUAUGCCACAGGCGGUCAUGAUGGGCCCUUGGUGAGGAAGAGUGUUGAAGUUUACGAUCCUGGAACAAACACCUGGAAGCAGGUGGCGGACAUGAACAUGUGCCGACGCAAUGCAGGGGUCUGUGCAGUGAAUGGGCUCCUGUAUGUGGUUGGAGGAGAUGAUGGAUCCUGCAACCUGGCUUCAGUGGAGUACUACAAUCCUGUCACGGACAAGUGGACACUGCUACCAACCAACAUGAGUACUGGCCGGAGCUAUGCAGGUGUUGCUGUGAUCCACAAGUCCUUGUGACCCAAACUCCCACUGCUAAGAGACGGAGGAAGGAGCAGGUGCUGCCUGUGACUGGGAGCCGCGGGACCGUAACGACUGGAUUCAACUCACUGGGAGGGUCCGAGGUGGUGUGAGCAGCACCCUCUCCCACCGGUGCAGCCUCUCGCAGCGUGGACUCGGGUGACCCAGCUCCCUCUCCCCCAAGGUGCUUUGGCCUCCACCCUGAGCAGCGGAGUUCCUGACAGCCUCAGCAGCACCUUUGGGCUUUUUUUCUUGUUUCUACAGGGACAACAGAGAACCGUGUGUGUGUGUGUGUGUGUGUGUGUGUAAAACAUGGUGUUUCUCUCGGCUGGGGUGUGGGGAUGUGUGAUGUGUGAUCGUCCCACUGGAUUUCUUUACUACUGAUCCCUUCACCAUGCUAAAACUCAAAAUCACAGAAACCUCUCUUCUGGAUUUGUCCCAUGGAAACCCCAAGACUGCCAUAGCUGCUGUCUUCUGGGGAUCCACUUGGAUAGGCUGGGCAUGUCUAGGAGUAAUCGGCCAGGGCAGGGCAGUCCUCUGACC